AUGAUGGGAGAGACCCAGCAUGUUUACGUCACCAACGAUAUUGAGUCCAGCGCACAAGACAAAGACAUCAGCUUUGAGCAGUUCGGCAAGAAAGACGUGGGUGAUGCCUUUGACAGUAGAUUGCUGGACAGCUCGGAAUCGUGUUUGCACAACGGGGCCGAAAAUGGGUCCAGUUUCACCAACACCAAGGACAAGGAGACUCAUAACCAAAGGGAAGCUGUGAUCCGGCCCCAGCAAACGGGCAAAAUCGACUUCAAGUCCCUGCACAACAGAUCCAACUUCCCCAGCGACAGCCCUUGGGGGGCCAUCAAAGGAAGCCCCCAGUCUCCCACUGGAAAGAGCCGAGCGAGAGAUAAAAACAAGCGGUCGGGGAAAGGGGAGCGUGGCCACCAGCAGCUCUACCGGCUGACGAUCAGCAAUGCCAGACCCAACCCCACCAUAGGCAUCGCUUACCCUCAGCAGAAGGUCACCCCUCCCAAGAAGGUGGAACUCAGCCGAGGACCCGUCUCGGGAAGCUACCGUUUCCAUGUUCCCAGAAUCCCCGAGAGGGAGGUGGAACUCCAACAGGAAGAUCUCAGCUUCGCCCGCUGCUUCCCAGAGACCACCUCAAGCCAUAUUUCCAGCAACUAUACCUCAACGACAGCAGCUGCACGCCCAAACCAUGGCGCGAAGAUGCAGCCACCGGUUGGCGUUCCUCACGAAAGUCCUGGCAGCAGUGGGCAGUUACAUUAUUUGGAGUUUCAAGGAAAUGGGAGUAACUCGUGGCAUUCACCAGACAAAAGCCUUCCGGGUACUAACAGUGGACUGUCUGCCCCAAAGACCUGCCCCUUCCCUGAGAACAGCAAAUCAAAUGCACACUGUUUGGGGCCUUCAUUGUUUCAGUACCCUUUCCAGGCUUUGCACAGCCCAGCUGCGGACUCUUUCCAGGGUGACGCCAACCCUCAAGACUACGUCGACGUUUCAUUGGCCACCAGUCAGGCCUCUCAUGGUGCUUUGGCCUUCCAUUCUUCCUCCAGGGACUGGAAAGAGGAAGCCCUCGGCAACCGUCCCUAUGAGAACGUGGCUCUGGAGAGCAGGAUCUAUGGGUUGGCUCCUCAGCUGACUCAGUUCCUCCAGCCACCGACUCCAGGGCCUUUGCCUUGCUACAAAGGAAGGAACGAACAUUCCACUGACCACAACGGUGCUAUCUCUCCUUCUGGUGCUAUUGACCAAAACCCAAGCACUUUGCAAGAAAACCAAGCUGUUUUCCCACCCAGUUUACAUGUUUCUAGUAUGCCAAAGCCAAUCGGUAAGAGGCAGUCCUCCCUGAAAGACAAUGUAGCUAGUCAAAGGAUACUGGACGCAGGUAGCUUGCUAAGAAGGAACAUGCCACAGCUCUCUCUCCCCCAAGUGCACUUUCAGAACAAGGCUUACGGCGACCCUCCAGCGAGCGGCUUGAGCAGCCCGGGUUCAGUGCCUUUCGAGAAGAACCUUUCCACUACAGCUCAGACCCACCCCCGGCUUUUGCAGGCCUGGGAGGUAGGCAAGAGGCCUUAUUCUCCCAUGGAGCAAAUCGCGAUGCCUUACCCAAGCCCUGUUGGAAACCAGCUCUCCUUCGGGAGUCAUUCAGGACUGGAGCAGAGGCACCACGUCAAGAAGGCCUGGCAGCACCUCCACCUCGCUUCCACCGUGCCUGGCCAGAACCGGAUCGAGCUGUCGAGGAAACUCGCUGGACAGAAGCUCCCUUUCUCGUCAGAGUGGGAAGGAAACAGCAAGGCACACAAGGGGGCCUCUGGCUAUGCUGGGAAAGUGCUGCUGACUGGGGAGGGGGCCAUCAUGCACAGGCCCGACCCACCCCCGCAGAACUGUGGCUCGGCGAACACCUUCUGCUUUGAUGGAGCAAAAGAUGCCGACCUUCCCGCUGCGUGUGGCUUGAGGAGCAAGCCCCUCUUCUUCAACGUGAGCCAAGCAGUACCCCCGUCGAACUUGGCCGGAUCCCCAAGCGAUUCCCCUCUCCCGUCGCCUGCCCCCAACCCCACCAGCGGCAGCACUUGCUCGUCCCUCUCUCCCCUGUCCAGCAGCCCCAGUAGCCACGGCUUUGAAGACGGCACGCCGCUGACCACGCCCCCCUUCUUUCACCAUCCGUGCCACCCGAAGGAUGGCCAUAAGCCCGUCCACAUUUCAGAGCCUCUGUGCACUGGUUCAGUCCACUACCAUGUGGCAGACCCUGUCAAAGCCUUCCACCUCUCGCACGAAGCCUCGAAAGAUGACCUUCUUUACAAAGGCAUCCCUGGGGAGGGCCACUUCCACAAGCCAAACGUGGAGGUCGCCCAAGGGUGCCUGGAGGGCUUUGAGGCAGAGGUGCCUCCUCCGCCUUAUUCCUCGCAUCACCUUCUGGCCAGCUCGCUCAGCAGCGCAAAUCUUGACCAGCUGGACGUGUUCCUGACCUGCAAGCAGUGCGACCAGAACUUCAGCAACCUGUCUUGUUUCUUGGAGCAUCGUCAGUUCUGCAGCUCGCACAUGGCUCUGCAGGGUCAGACAAAGGACAACUCCCGGGGGACAGAAACCAGGAAGCAGCAAAACUUGCCUCUCGAUUCCGGAAAACACAUACUGGGACCGCUGCUCCUGCAAAGUUCUCAUUUGCCGUUGCUCGCUUUGAACAAGACUGUCGAUUUCCUGGCAGACGGAGAGGGCAAAGGAGAACCCAAAGAGGAUCCUCUCAAGAUGAACCAGCUCAGCGGCCUAGCAACGAACCCCAUGCCGCUUAGCACCUCCGACUUGGAGAUCGAUGACGCCAAGCUAGACAGUUUGAUCACUGAAGCUCUGAACGGACUGGGAUACCAGUCGGACAACCCAGAAAUCGACAGCAGCUUCAUAGAUGUGUUUGCGGACGAAGAGUUGGUGUCUGUGAAGGUUGCCGGCAGCGGAGCACCUCACAAAGUGAAGGAUGGCUUCGCCUUAGGGAAGAAAAUGAAGCAUGUGGGGAUGGAUGAGAAUGUGAAAAUGGGCAGCUGUUGCGACGAUCAUCCCUGUGGAGACCUGACCAAAAACCAAGCGUCCGGGAAGCAACAGGGGCCUAAAGAGAGGGCGGCAACCUGGUGUCCAGACCAUGGAGGAGAACAGUUUGAAAAACAGAACAGCACAGAGUCAGUUCGAAGCACUGCUGUGGACCCAAUGAUGUACAACAGGGUGCAACAAAUGGAUGCCAACACCCAGCUGAAGAUAGGAAGGAGAAGCUGCUGCGGAUCACUUCUGCCAGUGAAGCAGGCCACCAAAACCUUUUCAGAGUUGAAGCAACCAAAGCACGUGAGGUGUGCUUCUUCUCUGGUGAGUGACCUCCAGCCAGUUGGUCAGCCUGUCACCUCUGCUGGGAACGCCAAGCUCUCUGCGAAAGAGGCAAAGAAGCGGAAGCUGCGGAGUGGGACGUGGAGCAAGGAGCUCAUUCACAAGAUCGUCCAGCAGAAAAACAAGCUCCACAAACUGCACGCCAAGAGCGCCAAAGCCGUCCCGCGGCCCUCACUUGCCGACCGACUGCUGCCUGAAACGAAGGACAGCAAGUUUGGUGAAUACGAAUACGUUUCAGAAUCGGAUGACGAGAGGGUGGAAUACGCCAAGCGGCACUGCAGGCGGAAGCUGGGCUCCAGGUUCAGCGGCAGGCUGAGAAGUGGCUUCAGCAGGAGACGCCAAGGGAGAGGGGGAAGGGAGAAGGGGGACAAGGAGCCGGCAAGGAGCUAUGGGCAGCAGCGGAAAGCCAGAGAGGGGCCCAAGAGGCCUUUGGGCAAGGAGGCUGGGAGGAAAGAUGGCUGCACGGUCAGGUUGCGAGGCAGAAGCAGCAGGUCCUCCACCAGCAGCUGCCGGAGCACCCCGUUCUCCAGCGAAACUAGCAGCAGCCCCCAAAGCACCGAACGAGCUGAUUCAGACACAGAGAAGGAAGGCGAGCAGAGAAAGAGGCCCCCGCAGAACCCCAAGCGUGCAGAACCACUUUCGAGAGAACUCCUGAAUGUUCCUGAGAGAGAAAAGCUAGGAAGAAGCCGGGCCAUCACCUGUCACUGGUCCGGAGAGCCAGACGGCGUCGACUCGGCAAAAAUCCUCCCUCCGGUUUUUAAGCUGCAUCAAAACAAUAGUCUGAACAUCUCUCCAAUCAGUUCUACGAAUGAAGAGGAAGGAUUGCUACGUAACAAAGAGAACCUGCACCGCAGCAAAACUGCGCUUGGCAAGAGCCCAACUGUGCUUUUUGGGUCUGAAGAGUUGGAGGAGUACCAUAGGAGGUCCAGCCACAAUGAAGAUGAGCCAAGGGCUGCGGACAAAGCCCUAGAGCCAUGUGAGCAGCUAGCAAUAGACCAGCGCUGGCACCAGUUUACCGCCUAUAAUGGGCAGUACCCUGUUGGAGAACUGAUUGGUCCUUCCUGCACUGUCAACCACAGAACCCCCAUUGAUGAGAACACUGCCUAUGAAAAAGGGGAUGCCAAACAUUUAGAGAAGCAAAAGGAGUUCGUUGCUCCCCUCAACUGUUUUAGUGAUAAUCCUGUUGGUUUGGACAUAGCCGAGAAAGGAGCGAACCCGCUGGUCAACGCCGCUGACACGUUUUAUGACUGCAAAGAAUUAUCCAGCAGCUAUGAAUCACCAGGUCUCUUCUCAGGCUCUCCAGUCGUUGAGUCACCCCACAGUGACAAUGUGUACUUGUGCCAGGGAGACAUCGGUGUCGGCUCGUUCAAACAGAAGCACCCUGUGAUCUUGCCAUACGAGGCUGACCAAAGCAAGGUCCCAUCACCUCUGAGCUUUGACUCUUCCUCUGUCUUUGGAGAGAUCCCUGUCGCUGACUUUGACACCACCUUAUAUGACAGUGUUUCUUCAAGCAAGGACAGUUAUGCCACCUUUCCAUGCGCCAGUCAUCCGCUCGGCAAGAUGACCCCCUUUGACCAGCAGUACUCUUCAUUCCUGCAAGAAAAGGACUGGAACCAGUUCGUAGAAGUGUCACCGGUUUUACCAGAAGACCUUGCCCCAUUUCAUAGCCUUUCUGUUGAAAAACCAUUAGCAAAGAGGUUCCCUGGCGAGAUCAGCCAAAUGCCAGUGCCUUUGCCUGAAAGGAUUGCCGAUUACAACGAACCUUUUAUGAACAGCAUAUCGGACGAUGACCUGGAGAUCAAAAGAUUAGUCACGGAGUUGGAAAGCCAGCUACAGACUAGCAAACUUAGCGUGGAGCCGGCAGAUGAACACCACACCCCUGAACACCCCACUGAUACAGAACAGGAGUCUGUCAACCAGUUUUCACCCUUAACCGUGGAGCAACAGGGUGAUGGAAAGGCAUUGUUCUUAGUGGAGGAUGAAUUUGAGAAUGCGGGCCUUCUUGCCACAAAAGCCUGCCUCUGUGAAAAUUCUGCCAAUGAGAAAACUCUACUUCCAGAUUUAGAUACCAAGUAUGGAAACCACAGGGACCUUUGGCCUUGCUUGGUCCAGUUCAGUCCUUUACAGUCUACCAUGAAUGCAUCAUCAGCUGCUGAUCUAAUCUUGGUUGGCCCUUUGAGCUCCAAAGAGUCCCGUGAGAAACUUCAUGACAAUCUGAAAGAUGCUGAAAUCCCUGGGGAAGAUGGCUUCAGGGAAACAAGGGGUGCACCUACCAGAAUUAUACCAGUAUCUGACAAUGUAGAGGUUCUCAGCUACACAGACCAUUUGAUACAAAGCCCUGAUCCUUUGUUCCCUAAGACCCUGGAGGCAGCUGUGCUAAAUAUUCAUGAGGCUUUGCCAGUGGAAGCAGAUGGUUUUCCAGAACUGCCGCAAAAAGAGAAAAUGUUUGACGGUGCUGCAGAGCUGGACUCCUAUGGUCAUCGGGUUCCUAGUUUGAAACCAGAAUUUGGACUACAAGAUGUCAGAGCUCAAGAGGAUGAUGGCACCUUGCCUUCUAGCACCCAGCGUGUCAAAGAGCCAGAAGAAAGACCCUUGAGCAAAAAUAAGGCACCUGAAAUGCUGGGAUCUCAGGAAGAAGAUGGAUCUGUGCUGCUGGAAAAGGCCAAGGGAACUGAAGGUGCCACAGCUUGCCAAAGCCCAGUGUCCUGUGAUAAAGCCAGCAACGGGAAAGCCUUGCUCUUUGAUGCAUUGCCCUGUCCCAAGGAGGUGGAAGGAGGUGCAGAAUAUGCUUCGGCCCCCCAGGGGAAGUCAGCGAACCCACUGCAGCAGCUGCAGCUGUUCGUUGCCAGGACAGUUAAGAACAACGAGGAAGACCUGCUACUGCCCUGUUUCCCAGCCCUGCAUCCGGCCCCUCUCCUGCCCACGAGCGCCAUUAGGCAGCCUGACCAGGAAGAGAGAGAGGCAGGCAGUGUGGAGAGUGCAGAGGUGACUGAGAGUCCCACACCGGGGGAAAGGAAGGGGAUUGCGGGGGACGAACUGGGGAGCAAGGCGUCCGAUUCAUCAGAACUGUGUUUGGAAGCAGUCGAGCAAGCGGAGCGUUUGGGGGGGAAAGUCUCUCCCGCCACAGAGCAGUCGGUGCUUCCGUGCCCUGAACAACAUGGACUCCCAGAGCAGCGCUCGAAGGAUGAACGUUCAGUGGAGGCUGACAUCAAUCGGUGUGCAGAUGGCCUUUCACCAGGGCACAGUAACCUCUCUCUGCUCAGCAACUCAAUGGUAACCUCAUUGCUAAGGGAGGAGGGAGUGCAGGGUGCUCAGGUUACAGGAGAGCAGACAAAAGCAACCUUGGCAUUUAGGAGCCACAGAAAAUCCCCCUUAAGCCCUGGAUCAUUUGAGCAAGAGACGCCAAGCCCCACGCUACCGGCAGGGCUCAUAAUCCAAGUCACACACUGUUUCCCUUGGAGUGAAGCAGGCCGCAAGGAACAAGCGUCAUGUGCCAUGAAAACCCAGAGCGGGGAUCAGUCACAACACCACACAUCUGCAAAGCCCACCAGCCCUUCUGAAAGUCAUUACCAGGAUGGUUACCUCUUGCACAAAGCCAGCCCAGGCUCAACAGAAGACCUGGGAAAACAAGCGAGUCCCUGUGUAGAAGCCUCCCAGGACAGUUUCCCUGUGGAAUCUGGCUUUGCUGAUCAGAAAUGCAGGCAGGAAGAUAAUACAACCAACGUAGCACUUCCUGACUCUGGAGAGCUAGCAUCUCAAGAACUCCGAUGUCUGACCACUGUACCUGAGGGCCAGCCCGUUCCACGUUGCACACGCAGAUACUCCUCCAGUGAAGAGAAGGCAGCCAUUGGGAGUCCUUCAGAAUACAAGCAAUGGAAGGAAGCACCCCCUUUUACUCCCGUGUUGCAGCACUGUAAAGCCAUGUCUCCACUGCUCUUGGACAUGAUGGGCAACCUGCAGCAAUGUCUUGCAGAAAGUGCAGCUGGUGCUUCAGCAGAGCCUCCAAAGGGCAUCACUGCACAGGCGGCCUCUCCUCUGUGCUUGGGAGGUCCGACAGCUCCUCUUGCAGGACAGGAAAGAGCCUUGACAUUACAAACCAACGGCAGCCAGUCCCCUGAUGGGCCACUUUUUAUGCAUAAAGACCUUCCCGAAGGUCAAGAUAGUGAUACACUCUCUGCCAGGGAGAGGAUUGCCAGUUCUCCUUCAGUUUCCCUACAGGGCAUCUUUCUUGGCCCUUCUCCAUCAGACCUUUACACUAAUCCGCACAGGGAUGAAGAAGUAGAGCAAAAACUCCAGGGAGCAAAAGAAGUUGAAAGCCAUUCCCCAGAGGUCAGUAAAGAUGAAUCCCAGCAUGAGGUUUUCAGCAAAGGUGUAAAUGUUCCAGAGACUCUAGCAACUGACCUCACCGAAGCAGACGAAGUGGCAGUGGCCCAACUCAGUGCUAGCCGUUGUCCAAAGUCUGGGUGUAGUGACACUCCUCAGAACUUAGACAGUAGGCAGAACGAGAUGAAGAAGGAAGGCUGUGAUUGGGAUGAGCAGACAGAAAUCUCUUCUAGUUCCAGGGAGCAAGAAAAUAGCAAACAUGGAAACCCUGAAGAUGAUUCCAGAACAGGACAGCUGGGAGGAAAGAGACCGCAGGUUGCCGGCGAUGCUUGCUCCAUUUCUUUUAGAUCCAAAACUGGGUUGAUGAGACACAGGGCUGCGAAAUGUCAGGAGAACAGGCUUAGGGCUUCGUUGGUGGGGCCAAGCAAGCCAGCCUCCAAGAGGAACGCGAAGGCUUCGGUCAAAGAAAGAGGGUGCCGCUCACGCGCUCCAAGAACAGCUUCUGGCCAAGUCGUUCCCAGAUCCUGCAGAGGGCGGAGAAAGGAGCCCCGUGCUGAGAUCCAGGAAGUGGUUAGCAGGGUGCUGAGUGACCUGAGCGUCAUUUCAUUCGAUGCGACCCAUGAACUGCAAAGCACAGACUGCCUGAGUGAAGAAAUGAAAACAACCUCAGCAGCAGCACCAGAUGAGCCAACGCCUGAUGCUAGAAAAGAUUCAAAGACAGGAGGAAUGGAGGAAGAGGCCAAGCCUGUUCGCUCAGGCAGCUUUGCUGAGAAGAAACUGAGAAGGAAAGGGAAGAAAGGGAAAGGGAAAGGCAUUCCCAAUCAGGAUGAGGUCAUUGGAUGUUCUCAUGUGGAAAGUGAGAUCCCCGGCACCGUCAGCCUCACUCCCACCAUGAUCUCUAAAGACAUGGAAAACCGCUGCACCUCCACAGAAGCGCAGGCCGAGGGCCAGCCAUCUUUGCUCCCUCACAAUCUGAGAGUCAGUGAAUCUGAAGUAGAUGAAAGAAUAUCCUCAGCCAAAGAGACCGCGAGGGGAGAGACUCUUCAGGAUGUAUGGCGUGGCGAUGGAGAAGGGAUGGAAGAUCCAAAGGUAGAACAAAAGCUCCCCACGCGAGACAGUUGGCAAACUGGGUCCCCAAAGCAAGUCGGGGAAACGUUGAGCAACCUUUGUGAAGAGCAGCAUGACAGCAGAAAUGCGGAGGAACCAGAGGCAAAGGACAGUCCUUUGGAAGAGGCAAAUUGUACAAAUCACAACAGCCUAUUGAUUCUUACACUGAGCCCCAAGAGUCAGCAGCAGCCCUCGGAUUCUGGAGCAGACAAAAAGGGUUCCAUAGAAGAUACCUCAGAAAAAGCAGCUGAGGGUUCCCCUUAUCCUAUGAGUUCCAAGCCCUGGAGGACAGAAGAGCUUCAGCAGAGUCACGAGUCUUGUAACGAUGGUCCAGACCUGCAGAGUUUGUUCGAUGACGACACCACGUUUUCACAACUUUUCCCCAGGAAUGAUCAGUUCGCCCGGAGGAAGUGCACUCGCGUGUAUGGAAAGCGGACCAAAAAGCUGAAACCUGUUGCUGAGGCAAACGCCAAGCCAGAAGUUGCGAGAGACCUGUUCACGAUCCGGAUGGCUUCAGACCUUGGGGAAACCAGCUCUUUCUGUGUCACCAGAGAAGAUCCUUGCGAGUAUGAAACCAUCUCCAUCGACGACGCGCUGAUGCUCAACAUGUGUCACAGUAGCAAAACAAUGCCGAGCAAUACCAGUUCCAGCUCUGCCAAAAACAUUGCUCUUCAGCCAGAUACCAGACAAAGGGAAGAAGCUAUUGAUUUGAAGAAGGACGACACAUUAAGCUUCCUGUGUCCAGCGAGUCCAACGGAAGCUCUUCCAACCUUGAGCAGCUGGGGCGCUCUAGGGAAAGAGACAGAAGCCGCCUCUGCUGAUGGACCACUGCUCGGUUCACCCACGGAGCUUUCCAAUGGCCAUUCUGUGAUGGAAGCCAGCCCUGAACCUCCGGAUCUGGAAGAAGAACCCUACAACACGCAGAGGAAUGAAAAUCCCAUCUUGCCUGAAUUUCAUACAGUUGAUAUGGAGAUGUUGAACACAAAGUUUGAGGUGGGGGACAGGUCCUGUUACCCUGCUGGAGAGGAUCACCUCCAUCCUACAGACGAAUGCACCUUAGGUUUGAAGCAGACAUCCGUCGUUCAAGGCAGGCCAAUCAGAAAUAAGCUAGAAGAAGGGAAGCCGGGGAAACCCCGCAGCGACUUAAACCUCAAGACGAAAGAGAAGCAGUACAAAUGCAAGGUUUGCUUCCAGUGGUUCCUCACCUUAGGGGAGCUGGACUUUCACAAGCUGACCCACAACCCCUCCCCUCCUCCCACCUGCUACAUGUGUGUCCAGAGGAAAUUCAGCUCACGGGAGCAACUGAGGGAUCACUUAAAGGAGAAGCAUGCCAAGAACAAAGCCGGCCUGUGGGCGUGCGGGAUGUGCCUCAAGGAGAUCUCGGAUGUCUGGAUGUACAAUGAGCAUUUGAGGGAGCACGCGACUCAGUUUGCACGGAAAGGCCAGGCCCAGAAGUCCGUCUUGGGGAUGCCCGGCUGCUUCGUGGAAGAGGACGCGGCCAUUACUCACUUCCUCAACUCCAUCCUGUGUCGGAAGCCCAGCAAGUCCUCCAAGAACGCAGAGCCUGGCAGCAAAGCUCUCGUUUGCAAAGAGAGCAAGGCCCCCAGAGAACCUCAAGGGCAAGAGGGAAAGGUCGGCAAGGACCUCUCUGAAGGCAUGGUCAGAACCAAGCCGCCAGCCUCCUCCCCCAAAGCACCAGCAGUUUCAUCCCCAGAUCCCUCCCCAAAAGCCGACGGGCCCCUCAAGGUGGUGCCUAUGCACCCCGAAUGCAAAGACCCUUCCCGGGACUGCCAUCACUGCGGGAAGCAGUUCCCCAAGCCUUUCAAGCUCCAGCGCCACCUGGUGGUGCACAGCUUGCAGAAGAUCUACCUGUGCCACAGGUGCCCCAUGUUCUACCAGGAGACCAAAGAGCUCCGGAGCCACCUCAGCCAAGAGCAUGGGGCGGCCGAGGAGGCGGACAUCAAGCACACCACGCUGUACGCCUGCGAGCUGUGCGCGGACGUCAUGCACGUCAUCAAGAAGUCCUUCAUCUGCAGCACCUGCAACUAUACCUUCUCCAAAAAGGAGCAGUAUGACCGGCACAUGGAAAAACACCUGGCCGGCGGCAGCAGGACCUUCCGCUUCCAAGGAGUCAUGCGGCCGGGGGUCUUUCCGAAGGAGGGAAGCAAGAAACUCAAGGAGGACUUGCGCCCCAGGGAAGGCACGCCUGCCGCCAAGAAGAAGAAGGUUCUCCACCACAACAGCUCACCUGUGCACCUGGGUUGCCUUCGUUCCCCUCAGCUAGGGGGCGAAGCUCUGCUACCUCCAAAUGAGCCUUUGUCUGCAGCCGGCCGUGUGAUUACAACGCCUUCCCCCCAGGGCCCUGUCAAAACAGAGGGCCAGAUGGGAGAGAUCUCUGGUCUCUUGGCUGAAAUGGGAGAAUCUCAGUUUGAGCGUCUGCCUUCACCCUCUCCCCUGGCACAGCAGCAAGCAUCAGGCCGCCCAGAGGUCAGGCACACGGCCGGAGUUCCCACGGGCCAGCUGAUGAAGCGAAGCUUGUCAGAUGAGAAUCCUCCUCCAUUCUUAGACUCUCCUGAUGCAGUUAGCAUUGAUCUUGCCAGCUUAGCACAUAAACACCCGGAAGCACAAAAGCUGUCUCCACCUCAUCUCUCUGAGAAGCACAAGCAAGUAGAGACUCCUGAAACGGUCACCUUUAGCAGUGAGGUUGAACAUGCCUUAAGGACUUGGGACAGUUCACACGUGCAAGAAGACCCAGUGGGCAAGAUGCUCGCGCUUCCUGCUGUGAGUUUGGGGGUUACAGAAUGCAAGGGGCCUGGUAAAACACAGCGGAUCAGCCAUCCUAAUCUGAAUGAAACAGUUCCUCAGGAAAGUGCUUGUAAGCUAAAUUCACCUGAAGCUGCCUUCCACAUUUUACCUCUGAAGGAUAAGACAUCGUUGCCUGCCCUAAAUCGGCCUGCCAAAGAGAUCCCUUCCAAGAAAGACAUGGGUGGUCAGGCUGACCUUGAGAAUGGCACGAACACCCAGAGUUCCCUAGGUGGUCCAGGAGAGGUUCAGAAGCCCCCCUGCCUAAAAGACAAGGCCUCGCCAGAGAUGGAUGCUUGCCCCAAAGACAGCAGAGUCCAGGUGGGCGUCAAAGAUACAGGGACCAUCCCAAUCAGUCCUGCAAGUGGCCACCUCCCGAGUGACACGGGAGGCACCCAGGUGAGACACAACCACUCUGAACCCGGCAGAUUCCAAGAAAGACCCCUUUCCAACAGGCUCGCCAAAGCACUCCCCAAAAAGCGGAGGGAACACAAGUCCUCUCACAAGGGCAGCUCAGCCUCCCGUGAGAAUAUCGAGGGGGACGGAGGCAAGAAGAAGAAAGUCCGAGGGCCAGAAGCCACAAGGGGAGAUGGUGCUGGAGGCUUCACCAGGGCCGACUGGUCGAACAGCGAGGCUUUAGCACUCUCCCCUCGAAGGAGGGAUACUCACUGCAACAAACUGACCCCCGUGCCCAAGGUGUCCAUGGCAGGUGGCCAGCUCAAGAAGAUGGUGCUUGACCAGUGUUUCCAGAAGAAAGCAGAGAUCCGCCAUUCCAAUGGAGACUUGAGGCGCAAGAAGGACGUCUUGGGCAAGACCUACCACCCCCUCUUAGCCAAAGACCCCUCCCCUUCCCUGGGCAGCUCUCUGAACAGGCCCAGAGCUGUCCAAGGUGCUAAGCUGCCCGAGGCGCAGCACUACCGGACGGCUGAAUCCCAGAACAAUCUCCUAAGCCAACUGUUUGGGCAGAAAUUAACUAGCUUUAAAAUUCCUUUAAGAAGAGAUACUUCUGAGUAAUUUAUGAAAGUGACUUACAGUGAUCCUUCGCUGCUUUCAAGGGGGGGGAAUUAUCAAAGCAUUGAGUUCGUUUGCGUAGCGUGAUUUCUCUGUCUAGCUUAAAUGAACUUGCACUGCAGCCUCUGAAAUAGUUUUGCUUUUGUGUCUUGAUAAUCUACUUUAAUUCACCUGAUUUAUCAUGCAAAUGCUAGAACUUUGAUGUUGCUGAUGAUUUUCAUGAACUAAAACUGUAAUCGCUUUGGGCAGAGCGAAGCGUCAAGAGGAAAUGCUUUAUUGGAGAAGUGCUGAGGUUAUGGGGAUACUUUCAAAUCCCAGCCCCCUUUUGAGACUGUGUCUCUGUUAUCUUUGUACAAAGUACUUGAAGAGAUGAACUUCAUUCCAGAGACGUCUUAUUCAUAAGGUGCAGUACACUGUAGAAAGCAAUUUUUUUUCUCCUGAAGAUUUUGCACAAAUAAUCCUGAAUGAUUUCAUUUAAUUGGGAGCAGCCUAAGACAUGAUACAAUUUAAAAAAAUUAAAUUAAGAAGGAAGCAGGCCCUGGUUUUGACAGACAUCCAUUCCCAAGAAUGUGGAGUUAAGAAUGAA